UACAACGCUGCGCAGCACACGAGACUACGCGACAGACCCAUCUUCAAAUCGUUAGUUGAUUUGAAAUUCAUAAAGAGUGAACAAGUUUCAGUACUCUUAGUUUUAUAAAAGUAUGGCUGGUGUGGAAGUGUGGAAGAGGCCGUGGCUUACUGAAGCUGAAUUACAUGCAGCACUAGAAGAAUCUCAUGAAGAACCGUUUGUUGCUUCUGCUACGGGCGAUUAUAUUCCAGAACCAGCAGAUUUAGAAUGCGAGGAAUCUGAUGUAGAAAAUAAACCAGUAAUUGAGCAAGAGAAAGAAUAUGAUUCGGAUGAAAGUAUUGAAGAGGAACCAGCGCUCACACAACCUGUAGUUUUUGUAAGCAAAAAUGGUACUCGUGAUACUCCACAUCCACAAGCUCAAACACUUAGUCGUAAUAUCUGGCUAAAGAAAUUUUUGAAACCAUUAUGUCUAAUGAGAUAUGUAACAAAAUUGUAAGAGAAUCUAAUCAAAAAGGUAGAAAAGAAACAAUGCUAACCUAUUUCAAAGGUACAAAGUUUUCGAACGACCAUCACCAAAGGUUUUCAAGCCA